ACCGAGUCCCAUGAGAGUAGCAAAGGCUGUUACAUUGCUGUGUCUGUACCAAGCUGACCUAGCGUAGCGUAGCGUGGUUCCAUAGCAGGAGCAGGAGCAGCAGCUACGAGAAGAGGAAGAGGAAAGCGGACUUGUUUCUUCGUAGAUCCUGGAACGGACAGGCAGACGAGCCAGACUAGACCAGGCCCAGAGGGGGGGAGAGAGAGUUUGUCUGAGUUUUGGGUGCUGGAGUGUCGUCUCUGUUAUUCGUCUGGUUCGUGCGUUUUGUGGAAGGGUGGGGAAGUGUAGUGAGAGAGUGAGUGAUAUAAGAGCGAAUUUUUUUUUGGUGCAACUUGGCAUUCGGAAGUGAAAUUGCGCGUUUGCAGCGCUGGGGUUGGGCUGGAGAGUGAGAGCUGGGUGAGUGUAUUGGUGAAGGACAGGAGCUUUGGUGCGCUUUGUGGAAUGAGGAGUGCCCUCUGAUUACUUAUUCUGGUAAUAGUACAAUUCGUCUCGUGCGGAAGCGGCCAGGCUGGGAGGCUAAUUGGGAGCUGAGCAGAGCGCAGACCUGUGCUGUAUCGUGCAGAGGUCUCGACGUGUGAUUGCGGUAAUGUGUGCCUGUUUGAGGGUAGUAGAAGGGCGCUAGGGGAUGAAGUACAUGCGAUUUGGAUUGAGGUGAUUCGGUACAAGGUUAGCUGGGGCAGGGGUUCAUGAAGUCUCGGAUGACAGAUGGCCACGCCUUUGGCAUCAUUUGGCAACAUGCGGAAUAAGGCUGCGAUAGCUACCAUGGUGAGCAGGAUUGUUUUGUCAAGGGGAUUGCAGCAUUUACAGCGGAUUAGGGUAUUGUGACCGGGCCAAAGGUUUGGACUGCUUCAUUUGAAGCAGGUGGAGAAACUAUACGAACGCUGCUGGAUGACAUACUGUUGAGACGAGGAUUUAUUUGUCUGAGCUUUAGGGUUUGGUUUCGUUCCUGAAGGUUUCUAUCGUCGUGCCCGUAGAAGGUUUACGCACCUAUGAGAGUUCACACACGAUAAUUGUGAGUAGUUCUAAUGGCCGGAGUCAUACCGUACCGUCAGGAAUAUUUUCAGGGAUGGGGAUGAUGCAGUAAUUUGAUUGUCCGCGUGGAUCUGGAGGGUAUUUGUAAAUCGCAGGCUCAAGUUGAUCCGUCCGGAUCUUCGUCAUGUGGGUUCCACAGUAAGGUGUAAAUGGUGGAAUUUGUUCUUUCACGUUAUCGAGACCGGUGUGCCGCUGUGGAGUCUUUGGCCUCGAUUGGUACAGUCUCUGAAGGCAUUCAGAUUAACAACUAUCCGUGUGAAUUUGUUAGGAUUGAACUGAAGGUCGGUGUACAUUUACUUCAAGGAAUUGGAAAGGGAUGGCAUUGCCUCAUCGGCCCGAAAGUUACAGUUGCAGCGCCAUUUUGGAGAAGAAGUUUAGGAUAAUCGGCAGUAGUUGCGACAGAAACUGGAGGCAAUUUUUCGUCUGUCACUCAUGAGGGUGAACAAUGUGGGAGGUAGGGGGCAGGGGUUACAGUGAUCCUAGUUGCAUCGCGGACGCGCAUUACAAUGUCGCGCUCUUCAUCAGCGUCUGCCUUUCACAAGUCCAAGACACUUAAUGACAAAUAUCUUCUUGGAGAUGAAAUCGGAAAGGGAGCUUACGGGCGGGUCUAUAAGGGUUUGGACUUGGAGAAUGGAGACUUCGUGGCAAUUAAGCAGGUUUCACUGGAGAACAUUCCAUCCGAAGACCUUGCAAGUAUCAUGCAAGAAAUUGAUCUCUUGAAGAAUCUGAAUCAUAAGAACAUUGUCAAAUACCAAGGAUCUUUCAAGACCAAAACUCAUCUGUACAUCAUCCUUGAGUACGUCGAAAAUGGAUCGCUUGCCAACAUCAUCAAGCCGAACAAGUUUGGUGCCUUUCCAGAAUCUUUGGUGGCUGUCUAUAUCGCACAGGUCUUGGAGGGCCUUGUGUAUCUCCACGAACAAGGAGUUAUACACAGGGAUAUCAAGGGUGCCAACAUACUCACAACCAAGGAGGGUCUGGUGAAAUUGGCGGACUUUGGAGUGGCAACGAAGCUGACAGAAGCAGACGUCAACACACAUUCCGUCGUUGGAACACCAUAUUGGAUGGCCCCUGAGGUGAUUGAAAUGUCGGGAGUCAGUGCUGCUUCUGACAUUUGGAGCGUAGGUUGUACGGUCAUUGAACUACUCACUUGUGUCCCUCCUUAUUACGAUCUUCAACCCAUGCCUGCUCUAUUCCGAAUUGUGCAGGAUGACCAUCCUCCAAUUCCUGAGCACGUCUCAGCUGCAAUCACUGACUUCCUACACAAAUGUUUCAAGAAGGAUGCUAAGCUGAGGCCUGAUGCGAGAUCCCUUCUGACGCACCCCUGGAUUCGCAACUCAAGGCGGGCGCUGAAGAGUUCUUUAGAGCGAACCGGGGGAAGAAUCAAAGCCAUACCACGGGAUGUGUCUACGGUAGUUGAGAGAUCAAUUGAAGAUGGAGAAAAGGAGGACGACACCAGACCGGCUUCAGAAGAAACCCCUUCAACAAGGGACCUGUUUGAUUCUGGUUCGGAUGAUGAGCUGAAAAGUAAUUCUCCUUCAACAAGCUCUGAGACAGCUAACAGCAGCCAGAAGAACAAUAUUUCAAGCCAAAAUGGUCGCAGGCGGAUGCAGCGAGUAGUUACGAGUAACGGUACUGGGCAGCUCGAAUCAAGUAUCAUUCAACAACAAUCAUUACUAAAUGCUGUUGACAGAUUAUCUACAUCUAACAAUUCCGAAUUUGAGGAGUCCUCUAAAGCCAAACGUACUUCAAGCAAUGCUCAGGCAUCACCAGAGUUAUCAGGAGUGUCAGAAACGUUCAUUGAGGAUGUCUCACAGGGUGCGGAUGACCUGGGAAGUUUCGAUGUUAGAAGGAGAAAGAAUGAAUGGGUCACCUCUCGGGGACCACAUAAGACUAGUAGUUCUACAACGACUCGUGCAGAUCUUGGUGAAGAGGUGAAUGGUCCACUUGACUCAUGCAGUGAUGGAUCCAAGCUGAUGGAAAGAUCCGUAAGACCUGAGUCAAAUGGUUCUCAUCAUACUCCACAGGCGGGCAAGCUGAGUACGCCUUCUUCGUUGACUCGGUUCGCCGACACACCAGCAGACGGUAUGAUUGAUGACCUUUUUGGCGACGAAUCCUUUACGCCUAUUAAUAGUUCUCAAGUUGAUGGAGCCCAUACACAUACCCCAGGAGCAAUGUCACAGAGUUCAGUUUCAAAGGGAGGCUCUGUUACUUCUACGGACGGUGUGGGGGGAAAUGUGUUUGCUGCUAAACUGAAGCUCAGAAUGGCGCAAAAGAAGGUUGAGGGUGAAGCUGCUGGGUCUGCCAAGAAGGACCUCUUCCAGACCAUGAUUGAUGUUGUUGAAGACGAUGAGUCUAUUGAUAUCCCUCACUUGGGUUUUGACAAUGAAAAAGGCAGAGACUUUCUCGCUAAACAGCAUAUGGAGAUAACUCGUCUCGUGAAUUUGCUGAAACCUGAGGAACCAGAAGAAUCGAUCAUAUCAGCUUGUCAGAAUCUUGUAACAAUAUUUCGUGACUAUCCUGAGCAAAAAGCACAUCUCAUCAGUCAGCAUGGUAUCAUACCGCUGAUGGAUAUGCUUGACGUCAACAAUAACAGGGUUAUUCAUGCGGUGCUGCUGUUGAUUAAUCAAAUCAUUAGAGACAACGUGAACUAUCAGGAAAAUGCUUGUCUCGCUGGCCUGAUUCCGGUCAUAAUAAACUUUGCUGCGCCUGAUCGAUCAAGAGAGAUGCGUAUGCAGGCUGCUAGUUUUAUACAGCAGAUAUGUCUUACAAGCUCUACGACAUUGCAGAUGUUCAUUGCAUGCAGAGGAUUGCCUGUGCUUGUGAGCUUCCUGGAUCCAGAUUACACGAAGUGUCGAGAGAUGGUUCAUCUAGCUAUCGACGCCAUGUGGCAAGUAUUCCAACUACAGAAUUCAAAUCUCAAGAACGACUUUUGUAAAAUCUUUGCCAAAAGUGGUGUCUUGGUACGUCUUGUCAACACUCUCUACAGCUUGAAUGAAGCGACUCGUCUUGCCACGUCUGGAGUCGGAACUGUAGGAAAUCUUGCCAUUACUGCACCUUCGGCUCCUGCUCCCGGAGUUUUACUUCGGACACGGUCUGGACCUUUGGAACAGUCUCGAACGACGCAAGCUGAGAGCUUCAAGCCUCGGUCAGGGCAACUAGACCCUACUCGUGUCCGUGCCGGGUACAUGGAGCAACAUCGGCAAAUAACUGGGUUAAUAGAGUCUGCUCGACCAAAGUCACCGCAGCCACACAAAUCAGCUGGUCUUCCAGAAUACCUACGACAUCUCCCUGGGCAGUUAGAUCAAGCUCGUCUACACGCUGAUUCGACAAGAGAUCAAGGUGGGCAUGAAAUUGGUUGGCAUUCACCUGGCCGAUCAAGGCCAUUUUCUGGUGACAGAGACUUUGAUGUCGGCCAAGUAGAGACUGUUCGAUCGGAUGUAGAACAAGGUCGCCCAUUAUUAGGAAGAGAAGAAUUUGCUCGAGUUCCUUUGACUGACCCGUCGUGGUAUAAUUCUCGAUUUGGAAAUGGUUUGGAACAUGGUCACCAUGAGGUUCAACCUCUUUUGAGCCUCUUGGAGAAGGAACCUCCUUCUAGAACAGCAGAGUAUUAUCGGCAUAUUCCGUCUGGUGCAUUUGAGCGCUCUGACAGCGCGUUGCCAUUGUUGUUACACCAUGCCGCGGCACUACGGAAAGUAAACGGGAAGGUAGAUGCGCACAUUGCACAACAUGCAGAUAGUGAAAAGCAAAAUGGCAUGAUAGAGCACAUACCGGGGGGUCUUCCAUCGAAACCAGUAUGGAAUGGGGCAACUACUCAAUCACCUUCUAAACUGUCGCCUACUCCAUCCGCCCACUUAUCAUCGCAUUAUGCCACCGGAUUGUCUAAUUAUAGUGACACCCCAGCUUCCUCUUCGGGAACAGCUUCGCAGAGAGAUUCUGGUCAUCUUUCAACUUCAGGAGCACCAAGUUCCAAACCAGGAAGUAGUUCGUCCCCGGGACUGCUCUCCAGAACGAUGUCUACAUUGAAUGCAGAUGUUACAGGAUUUUAUGUUGCAAGAGUGGCUGAUCUUUUAUUGGAAUUUUCGAAAGCUGAUACGACAGUGAAGUCACACAUGUGCAGUGUCAACCUGUUGAUUCGACUUUUCCAAAUGCUCAACAAGCUGGAGCCUGCCAUUCUUGUUAAAAUACUGAAAUGUAUCAAGGAGCUUUCUACUGAUCCCUUCACUUUAGAAUAUUUGCAACGCGCUGAUGCCAUGAAGCAUCUGGUUCCAUUUCUAGAAGCUCGAGAAGGUUCUUUUGUUCCUCAGAUUCAUAAUCAGGUUUUGAAUGCCCUGUACAACUUGUGCAAAAUCAACAAAAGGCGCCAGGAGCAGGCUGCUGAAAGUGACAUCAUUGUCCACUUGAUGUAUUUUAUCAAAGAAAAUUCCCCCCUCAAGCAAUUUGCUCUCCCUCUUCUUUGUGAUAUGGCUCAUGCCUCUCGAUACACAAGGGAAAAACUAAGAGUCCAUAGGGGGCUGGAGGUGUAUUUGAGUCUUCUCAAUGAUGAAUAUUGGGCGGUUACUGCCUUAGACUCCUUAGCGGUCUGUCUUGCUCAUGACAACGAACAGCGCAAGGUGGAGACGGCCUUGCUGAAGAAGGAAGCUGUGCAAAAGCUGGUGACUUUUUUCCAAAAUUGUUCCGAGCCAUCUUUUGUGGAUAUUUUGGAGCCUUUCCUUAAGAUCAUCACGAAAUCCGUAAGAUUGAACACCGCUUUGGCUGUGUCAGGCCUUACUCCACUGCUAGUGGGAAAGCUUGAUCACAAGGAGGCUAUUGCUCGCCUGAAUCUUCUAAAGUUAAUCAAGGCGGUUUAUGAACACCACCCUAGGCCGAAGCAAUUGAUUGUUGAGCAUGAUUUGCCCAUGAAGCUUCGCAAAUUAAUCGAAGAACGUCGCGAUGGAGAACGUUCCGGUGGUGGUCAAGUACUUGUUAAACAGAUGGCCACGGCUCUGCUCAAAGCUCUUCACAUAAACACUGUUCUAUAGCUUUGUGUUGGUCAAGUUUCAAUAUAUAGAACUCAUUCCUCUCUCACCCUUGGAGCCGGCCUCAGUCUAUCAUUUUCUGCUAUGGGUUAAACCUGGUCUAAACUCUAGUUGUUGACCCAUUCCACAGUUGCAUGCUCCUUUACUCAAGGUUGUACUAUCUACUCUCUAGACCGUUUCAUUAUUUCGAAUAAAUCGUCGACAUGUUCAAGCUCUUGUUUGUCAACGAUGAAGGAAACACUUGACAGACAUUGGAGUUCUUAGAAGGAACUUAAACUUUAGGAAGACACAUCUGGUGACUUGUAGUCAUUAUUAGUAAUGAGGGUGGGCGGAAGCAUUGUGCCAUAGAUAGUGCACUAUUCAUUGUAUGAUCUUAUGGAUACAUGAGUGCAAAUGUUUAAUGAAGCCCGUAUGGGCAGUGCAAAAGUUCCU